GCCCCAUGCCGGGCGGGGCCUGGCCCGCCCGCAAGCCCCAGGCCCGAGCCACGCGGUCUCCGGGCCAGGCCGGUUGGGCCUCGAUGGCUACGUGGAGGCGGGACAGCCGGCUGACCGGCAGCCAGCGGCUGCUGUGCUCGGGGCUGGCGGGCGUGCUCAGCCUCAGCCUCACCGCGCCCCUGGAGCUCGCCACCGUGCUGGCCCAGGUCGGCGUUGCGCGAGGCCAUCCCCGGGGGCCGGGGGCCGCAGCAUGCCGGGUGUGGCGGGCCGAGGGGCCGCGGGCCCUGUGGAAGGGGAACGCGGUGGCGUGCGUGCGCCUCUUCCCGUGCAGCGCCGUGCAGCUCGCCGCCUACCGCAAGUUUGUUGUGCUGCUCACAGAUGACCUGGGCCAUAUUUCCCAGUGGCGCUCCAUUGUGGCUGGGAGUCUCGCAGGCAUGGUUUCCGCCAUUGUGACAUAUCCUACGGACCUCAUCAAAACCCGGCUGAUUGUGCAGAACAUGCUCGAGCCGUCUUACAGGGGGCUCCUCCAUGCUUUUUCUACUAUUUAUCAACAGGAAGGGUUCCUGGCCCUUUAUCGAGGGGUUUCCCUCACUGUUUUAGGUGCUCUCCCCUUCUCUGCGGGCUCCCUACUAGUUUACAUGAACCUGGAGAAAAUCUGGAAUGGCCCCCGAGACCGGUUCUCUCUCCUGCAGAACUUUGCUAAUGUGUGUCUGGCUGCCACAGUGACCCAGACCCUCUCCUUUCCCUUUGACACCGUGAAGAGAAAAAUGCAGAGAAUGGUGAGGGGCCCUUUAUACCAGAAGUUGCAACAUCAAAUGCCUGUUGGAACUCGCAAGUAACAUGGAAAGGAGAAUGGAGAAACCCAGAGAACAUAUCUUCAUUCCCUAAAGAAUAAGACCUGAAAUGCAUUCUGAGCCAUCAGGGCUUUUGAAAGCCUUCUGGAGAGUUGAACUUCACAAUAAUGUGAUUAGCAUUUAAAUGUGGAUAGCAGAAAGAAAUGAGUGGAGGCUGUGGCAGGCUGCAAACUCCUCUUCUCCAAAGGAUGGAUGCCAUUUAGAAAUGCAGGCCCAGUUUUCAAGGGAGCCUAAAACCCAGAUUUUUAUGUAAAAUUUCCCCAGUUUUCAGUGUUGCAAAUAAAAAGUUAAGUACUGAUUGAACUAAAUAAAACAUGCCUUUUUAUGACCUCUGCUGUAUUCAAGCCUCCCAUGCCAGCGAAACAACUUUCCUCGUUCCCCUCCCCCAUCCCUGAAGACUGGAUGUGUUUUACAAUCCAGUCACCAUGCCUUUGUUCUUGUGGCCACCUCUGCCUCAGAAUCUCUCUGGGCUACUUAAAGGUUUGGCUGAGUUUGCCUCAUGCAGGCUGUCCCUCCAGACCUACUGUAGCAUGAUUUGUUGCUUUCAUUUGACAAGUGUGUUGGCUUUUCCCACCCCUAAAACAGCCAUCUUAUUGUGAUGGCUGAAAGCAGAAGUUUGGCCUUUGAAUCACAGUGAGGGUACCCCAGACUACUGGGAAGGGGAUCUGGGGCAAGAAAAACUGAGUUAACAGCCUACUCUUUCCAUAACUGCAGGUGCCAGGUUUUCACUGACCCCCUCUGAGCCCAAGGGCAUGGUUCUUUUGUUCCAAGACUCUUGUGGAUGAAUACCUCCUUUUACUGGAGGCUUUUAGCCUAUUAGCCCACACUCCUUUAUUCAGCCAAUUUCUUUCUGCAGUAUUUCUACCCAUACCCUAUCUUUUCCACACUUAGAACAUUACACUUUCUUCCGUAUCAAAGCACCUCCUCAUGUCUUCUGUCAACUCCCCAAGCAGUAGUCACCCCCUUCUCAAUGUCCUUAGCUUGCUCCUACUACAGGUUGAGCAUCCCUCAUCCAAAUAUCUGAAAUCUGAAAUGCUCCAAAAUCUGAAACUUUGAGCACCAUUGUGACACCAAAAGUGGGAAAUUCCACACCUGACCUUAUGUGGUGGGUGGCAGUCACAAUGCAGGCACACUAAAAAUACUGCAUAAAAGUACCUCCAUGCUAUGUAUACAAGGUGUAUAGGAAACACAAAUUUCACGUUUAGACUUGGGUCCCAUCCCCAAGAUAUCUCAUUAUAUACAUGCAAAUAUUCCAAAUUUGUGAAAAACCUCAAAUCCCAAACACUUCAAAUCCCAAGCAUUUCAACUAAGGGAUAUUCAACCUGUACAGCUCUCUUAUGGCCUAUUCAAACACUUCCUUGUAGUAUAUCUUUUUGUGUCCCUUAUUUUCUCUACCAAUGAGAAGUAUGUGUUACAUAUUUGUAUAUCCCUACAACAUUUAGUCUCACAUAGCAGGCACUAAAUACUCAUUUAAAAAUGAAUGAAGUACAGGGCAGGCUUGGGAAGUCUCACUGUGAGCACAACAUUGAACCUUGCUGCUGCUGAGUGGGCCCCAGUCUGUGCAGUUAGAACUACUGAAGCAGAAGGUAAGCACACCCACGCCUGCCUCCUCCCAGCCAAAGAAGACCUCUGCUUGUCCCCUGCCUAAAACUGCCUACGUGCUGCAGUCCCCUAAUGCACCUUCUUCCAUGUCUUACUUUAGCAGUCAGGGUGUGUGCAGCUCAGGGCACCGGCUAUGACCACUUCAAGACUGGCAAAUAUGCUAGAAAGACAGAGGGAACAAUCUUCACAACAUUUUCAUAUACAUUUCCUUCUUAAUCUCAGCCUGCUGCCAACUUUCUGCGGUACCUGGAAGUGUUUGGCAGAUCAAAGAACUGUCAAAUUUAUAUUUUUUGCUUGAUUGCCUUUAGUACAUGUGACCAGGUCUAAAUGAAUGUAUGUAAAUCUGUGUUCUUUGGUAAACAUGAGGAAAAACUACGCUGGGAGAGGUGAUGAGAGGAAUACCUGCUGUGGAAUAAGAAAUCGUAACCACAUAACCAGGCGUGGUAGUGCACACCUGUAUUCCUAGGCAAAGGCAGGAGGAUUACAAGCUUUAGCUCAGCCUUAGCCAUUUAGCUAUUCAGAGAGACCUUGUAUCCAAAAAAAAAAUUUUUUAAGGCUGGGAUGUAGCUCAGUGCAAAGGCCCUGGGUUCAUCCCCUAGUACAGAAAAGGAAAUUGUAACUAUAGAAUAACUACCAUUUAUGGGUCAGGUAAUGUGUACAAGGCAGUUUCUUAACCCAUUUAAUCUUAUCACCCCUACAAAAUAAGUACUAUUGUUAUUUCUCUCUCAUAGAUGAGGAAACGAGGCACAGAGAGGGUUAGUCACUUGCCCAUGAGUGGUGGAGCUGGGACUCGAACUUAGAUCUCUCCUUCCUUAUGCUGUUCUUUUAUCCAUCCAGAGUACAGGGGCUUGUUCCUGUAUAGGUAACUGGUUCAUUCUAAUUUUAGUACCCUUGCCCGAGGUGGGAGUAAAGGAUGAAGGGGGUGGAAGCUAAACCUUGAAAAGUGGGAGCCAAAGCCUCAGUGCAAGAGGAGCUGAGAAAAAUAAUAGUGUGCACACUCAAAAACUGACAGGCACAACCCUUAUAUUAAUCCAUUCAGGCUGCUAUCUUCAAAAAAUACUGUAGCUUAUAAACAACAGAAAUCUAUUACCAACAGUCUGGAGGCUAGGAAUUCCAGAAUCAAGGCAGAUUUGGUCUCUAGUAAGGGCCUCUCAGUUCAUAGAGGGCGUUGUCUUGCUGUGUCCUCACAAAAUCAAGGGCCCAGCAGCUCCCUGGGGCCUUGUAAGGCCACUAAUCCCAUUCGUGUAAGGUCCUGGUCUUGUGACUCAUCUCCCAGUGGCCCCACCUCCUGAGACCAUCACAUGGGGUCACAGCUUCAACAUAGAAGUUCAGGGAGACACAAAGGUUCAGACCAUAGCAAUCCUGGCUUUGGCCAGGGAAUGGUAAACGCAAGUUAGAGGAGAAGAAAACACAGUAGGAAAACUGGGCUGUCCUGGGGCUUGAAUGGUAACAGAAGGCAGCUUUAUUGGCAGCUUUGACUUGAAGAUUAUGAUAGGAACAGCAACCCAUAGGCAUACAUUGCUCAGCAGCCACACCCCCUUUGACCAGCCACAAACUGACCAUGGCUGCACCAAAGGGUUGAGAAAAAAGCCCCACUGGCUCUCUGAGCCUUGGUAGGAGUGGAGCAAGGGUAAAGCCCCAGAAGGGAAGGAGAAAUUGCUUUCAUGGUCCUGCUAGGAAAUGCUAGCAGAGUUGAGGGUUUCUGCCUACUUCAGCCUCUCCUGGGUGGCAGAGCCUCUACUCUCAGCUAUUUUCCUAACAGAGCCCACUUACCUGCCCAGAAGUGCAAACACUGCCGGGCAGAGUGAGAGGGGAUGGCAAACUCACCUUUGUUGCAAUUUCAGUUCCUCGCUGUCAUCUUGCUUUGAGGUCUUGCCACUUGGAGGACUAAAUUCUGCCUAAGUGAGCAGCAUUACCCUGGCAGUUAGGAAAAAAGGAUUCCAAAUCCAGGUAGAUGUCUGGACGUCCCUUAGGCAAGGUCACUUUUUAGGGCAUCAUGAUUAAAAUGAAGGGAAAGGAAAACUCCCCUUUUGUUUUUUCAGAGGUGUGCUGUGCCCUAAAUACUUUAGGGAUGGCAGUUGUUGAUCAUGGAAACAAGACUGUCUCUAGAGGGCAGGCAGGAAGGAGUAGGGAGGAGCCUUCCUAAUUCCACUGAAGGUAAAGUCAUUCUGACCUUUUCUCCUGACCUGAGCUCGCUUCUUCCUUUAAAGAUGUAAAGGUCUGGGAGUCUAAAUGGCAACCCUGUGCCAAGCAGGCCUCUUUGAACUCUAGCUAACCAGUAACAGCUGCCAAGAUAGGAGCUUCUACCCACCUCCCUCCCCCAGAGUGGGGGUGAAGAGAGACAUAGGGAAAAGGUCCCAGAAAAUAGCUGCUGUCCACCAGGGAAGCUUGCAGCUAGCUAUGAACAUGCAUGUGACACCCUGCUGCUGUGGGGAGAAUAUGGAGGCUCCAGGUUGCUGACCCUUCCACUGGCUUCAGCCAACUUUAAAGUUUCCACCUUUUCCCCACAUAGUUGUCAAAGACAUGUUUUAGAUGGCUGUGUUCACCUCGAGGCUCUAGUGAGCUCACUAGCUCAGUAGGUCCUAGUAUGAGCUUUGGAUCCCAGCUGCCCCUUACUCCUGCAUGAACCUGGGUCUGAGCCUCAUCUUCCUCAUCUGUAAAACAUGAAAAUGAGAGUUGUGCCUAUCUCAGAUACCUGUAGAAGAGACUGAAUUAAAUUAAUGCAAAUCCAGAGCCGGGCACGUAACCAGUGCUAUUUUUAUUGUGCUGGGAGCAGCUCUUCAGAAUCUAUACAUAGCAUACAGGGCCUAGGAGCUAUACAUAUAGGGUUAAAUCUAUAAAACCAGUCCGAGUGUGUUUCUGGAUUUCCAUGAAUACUGUACCCACAAAUGAGCCAGGAUCACAAAAGAGUAGACUCUCACUCUCUACAACUAAUGAUGAGCAGGGAUGGUAGGACAGUUAAUUGUUCUUUGGUUAGUUUAAUAGACAUUUACUGCGAGGCCACUAUGCACAAAUCCUACAUAAAUCUGUAUGUUCCCAGCCUUCUGAAAACUCAUCUUUCAAAUCUGUUACUUUAUCUACCCUGUAGUCACCUUCUACACAAAGCCAGGCAACUAUCCAAGCUAUAAAGCAUAGCUGUCUGGUUCAGAUCCACAGCUCACCAGGUGUUAUGGCUUGUGUCUAAAUGUCCUCCAAAGCCUCAUGCAGUCAUAGGUGGGGGUUUUUUUGGAGAUGGCUGAAUCUAGUGUGUGUGAUGCUGGGAUUAAGGGUGUGUGAUUACUAAAUCAGUACACAG